GUGGGUGGGGGUCUGCUAGGUUUGUUUCCUGCGAUGGGAUCUGGGGGGGCAGUGGGAUCUCUCUCUCUCUCCAUCCUUUCUUCUCUCCCCCUCCCACUAUAAAGUCAGUGUCUCCCUCUCCCUCCCUCAGUCCUGUUCCUGCGUGGAUGGGGGGAGAGCCUCCAGCAGCGACCUUCCUCCUCCGUGAGCCGCGCUUCAGUCCGGCUGCAGCCGCGGGAGCCAAAGGACGCGCGGCGAGGGACCGAUCCCUCACCACUCCCCUCCCUCCUCCCGCUCCGGAUCCGCGCGCCGGCGACACAUCAGAGGAUUUGGAAGGGAAUACUGGAGGCGUGACUGCGCCUGCGCGCCGCCGUGGCUCUUCACGCAGCGUCGCCGAACUGACAGCGGUGGGAGGAAGUCAUCAGCUGUUGCUGCUCGCGCCCCGUUGGAUGUGCGUGCUUCGGCCAUGUGGGGGCUCGUGCGCUCGCGUCGCUGCUGGAUAUUCUCUGUCAUGCUGUCCGCGUGCGCGUUGCUGCGGGCCGACGGUUAUCCCGCGGGGACUGAGAGACCAGCGGGGAUCCGGGCACCUGUCCAGAGUCCACACAAAGCUGCGACCGGCGGGUCACGACUCAGCAGAUCUGCCACUGAGGAACCCUACUGGGCCUACUCAGGUAUCUACGGGCCAGAUGAGGGCUGGGUGUCCGCCUUCCCUGAAUGUAGAGAGAAAAACCAGUCACCAAUCAACAUCGUGGACAAAGACGCCAAAGUUUCCACGGAAUAUCAGGAACUGAUCCUGGAAGGUUUUGAUACCAAAUCCUCCAAUAAGACAACCAUGAAGAACACUGGGAAAACUGUGGCCAUAACGCUGAAGGAUGAGUACUUUGUUCAGGGCGGGGGCCUGCCGGGGAGAUUCAAGGCUGAAAAACUGGAGUUUCACUGGGGUCCGGUCAACGGUUCGGAUGGAUCUGAACACAGCGUUGAUGGUCGCCGCUUCCCUGUAGAGAUGCAGAUCUUCAUGUACAACUCGGACGACUUUGACAGUCUCGGCGCGGCGCUCAGGCAGAGGAGGAUGAUUGCAGCCAUGGCAGUCUUCUUUCAGGUAGGGGGGAGGGACUAUCAUGCCGCCGAUGCCAUAAUCCAUGGCCUGAAGGGCGUUGUGCACCACGAGAAAGAAACUUUCCUGGAGCCGUUUGUGCUGAAGGACCUUCUGCCCCCCUCGCUGGGAAGCUACUACCGCUACUCUGGCUCUCUGACAACCCCACCCUGCAGCAAGGUGGUGGAGUGGAUCAUCUUCAGCAGACCGAUCUACAUUUCCUACAAACAGCUGGAGGCUUUCUACUCCAUCUUCACCACGGAGCAGCAGGACCACGUCAAGUCUGUGGAGUAUCUGCGCAGUAACUUCAGACCUGUGCAGAGCCUGGACAACCGCAUUGUCUUCAAGUCGGCCGUCAAAGACGCCUGGAUGCCCGACCUCGCAGACAGCAGCGGAAGGUCAUACGGCACCGAAUCGUCCAAUGUGUGCAGCAGCGCCCCCAUCAACACAAAGGUCCAGCACGUAAACGGCAGCACGCUCGUGGUUCGCUGGGCCCGACCCGAGGUCACCUACCAUCCGCCCAUCCUCCACUUCCUGGUGUCCUACAGCUGGACGGCCCACGAUGACAGCUUUGAGGAAACGCACCUCGCCGACGCCAAACACAAACUGGAGGCCAUCAUCUCUCCUGUCUCUCCUGAUGUGCUGUACCUCUUCCGAGUGCAGGCCAUCUGCAGGAACGACAUGCGCAGCGACUUCAGCCAAAGCAUCCUCUUCAGAGCAAACACCACCAGGAUCUUUGAAGGCACUCGGAUUGUAAAAACUGGCAUGCCCACAGUGUCUCCGGCCUCCUCUGCUGACAUGGCCCCUAUCUCCUCUGGCUCAUCCACCUGGACUUCUGCUGGCAUUCCUUUCUCUUUUGUCUCCAUGGCAACGGGCAUUGGACCGUCCUCCAGCGGUAGUCAGGCAACGGUGGCGUCUGUGGUGACCAGCACUUUACUGGCUGGCCUUGGCUUUAGCGGGGGCGUCAUCUCGUCGUUCCCCAGCUCCGUUUGGCCGAGCGCCGGAUCGAGAAGUAACCCCGCCCCCUCGUGUCAGAACGCCAGGGACGCUUCCUCCUCUGCUGAUGUGACCGCCGCAGCCAGUGAUCGAGGUGGCUCUGAGGGAGAUGAAAAAGAGGACAACGGUCGAAAAGACGAUGGCGACAGAGAAGACGAAGAGGAAGAAGACAAGGAAAAGGCCAGGAAGAAGAAAAGACGGGACAACCCGGAUGAUGACGGGAGAAAGGAAGAGGAGCAUUUGUGCAGCACAAACUCUCCUGCAGAGAAAACAAAUGAGAGAAAACAGAACAUACCUGACAGUCCACCAAUGAAGGAAAAACAGCAAGAGGCUGAAACCCUUCAAGCUCAACUUCCAACCACAGAGGUCACUGCUGAGGUUUCUGCACUUCCUGCCUCGAAAAACCCUGCUGAACUCGGCGGUGUGAAGUUGAGGCUGCGUGAGGAGAAGGACGGCAAACAUGGCGAGGGUGGUGAUGAGUGCUGUGGUAGAAGGAAAGAUCAGUGUGAUGCGAAAGUGCUCCCUCACACUUGCCCCCAGAGGCCCGACCCCACCCCGCUGCUCCUCCGUUUGACCCUUGGGUCCUCGGUGGCCCGGCUGCCUGGCAUUUCGUGCAGUUGUGAGGUGGAGCAGGCCGGAGCCUCCACCUACACCAACAGAAGCCUGCAGCAGAUCAGCAGCAGAAGAACUGCAGACGUCUUUGACCUCUUCUUCACUCAGAGCAGCUACCUCCUUCACACUGAGCUUACCUGCAAAAUGACUCCUGCUGAGGUGCUGGGAGUCAUUUUGGAGGAGGAGACGUCAGUCUGCCAGCUGCACCGCUUCUUCAGCAACCUCCUGUCCUCAGGACACAGAAGUCAUGCGGAGAAACACCUCAGGCGGUUACCCAAAGCCAGACUUAAAGAGUCCUUUGACAUUAAGAAGAGCAAAAAGAAAGAUGGAAGCUCCUCUGUGGUGCCAUCACGACGAGCCUGCAUGGACCAAACCCCUCCACCUGCCGUCCAGGACGCCCCGUCCACCACGGAUGAGCCCUCAGUGGGGAUUCAUGACGUUCAGGACUGGAGGAGGCUGAACCCUGAGCCCUCCUCCCCUGAGCCGAUCAUCAAAGAGGACGCUGCCCUGCGAGAUGGACCAGCCUUCACUCAGUGUGUGUCGGCAUGUGUUGGUCAGCAGCUGGAAAGCAACAGAGUGAUGAGAGCGGAAGUCUUGACGGGACGGAGCCUGCCUGCAGCUCAGCUUCAGAACCAGUACCAGUGUCUCUGUGAGGUUCUGCUCACCAUGGUCACACAGAGGAGUCCAACUCGGGCCUUCAGGGCAGGAACUUUACCAGGACUCUAGUGUCCCGCUUCCACUAAAAAAGAGAAGAUCUGACUACCCAAGUCUGGCGUCCCACUGGUCCAAGUCUGUCUGGACUUUCAUGGAACUCUUGUGGAUUUUUUGAGGCCUUUUUUGCCAGAUUCUUGGUUAAAAGAAAUACUCUAAUUACUUUUUUACACUGAGACAGUUUUGGAUCUUUUCCUUUUUUUUCCAUUUUUUGUCUCGGUCUUAUUGAAGGACUCUCAGCUGCAGGUUUGGGUUUCAGGAGAGCACAGGGAGUGGGGGGGUGUAACACUUUGUGUCUUUUCUUGUUGCACUAUGACCUGUGAGUGUUACUGCCGUCAUUAAAGCUGACCCAUGGCUUCUCCGCACUCAGAUGAUUUUGUAUUUAUUUUUUGUCAAACGCUGCGUCCUCAGCUGCUUCUGAAACACCGUCCACGCCCACCCAGACGAAACAGAGGACAAACUCUGAGGCUCUGCUGGCACCGAUCAUUUCACUCACUGACCCACAGAACCAGGAUCUGGGGGUGCUGCCGCAGACACCUCUGCUGACCCUUAGUGGUGUUUCGACUACUACUGUGAACUUUUACGAUUCUUUCUUUGUAUAAUUCAAUUAUGCUUUUAAUAUAUGGGAAUUCUGUAUGUAUACAUAUAUGAAUAUACACUUACCAUGAUGACUUUGUGAA